AUGAAUUCGAUCGUGUUUGGAAUACUUGUGCUUUCACUUCCAACUGUGUUCUCCUUCCUUUUUGGAGAUGGAUGUACAAUUCUUCCAGAAGGAUUUAUACCUGAUGGAGAGCAUCGUGAAUACCAAACUCCGGAUGGAUGUAAAAAUGGUACCAUAGACUGGAACUACCCAAAGGAGUACAUCAUAGUUAAUUUUAAGAAGGAAAGUCAUGAUAAGUUUUCUGUUUGCAUUGGCGAAAAUAUAGGUGGCCAUAUGUUCACUCUUUAUGAUAUCACAGGACAAAGACGGCAUACUAUUCCAGAAGGGACGUGGCCAUGUAUCAAUUCUCAACAUGGGAGUGUCUCAAUCGAAAUUCAUGCUCCAAAAAUGCAGACAUAUAUGGGAGCAGUUGAUUAUUCUAUUCAAAUGUAGU